AGCCAUCCACAUCUCUCAUUUUCUACAAUGCGCCAGGGGUGCUGCCUCACAACUCUCUCUUCUCUUGCAAAAUUCAUACUUCCACCAAUCCUUACAUUACCUCAGAUAAAUUCAUUUCUCUUGAAACUUUUCACUUGAGUUUUCUGUGAUUUGUAAUGGCAUGUAUUCAGCUGUUAAAAUCAACUCCAUCAAAUUCACAGUCCAAAAUCGCCUGCUUCUACGCGGAUUUCAGUUUGCAGAAAAGGAGAAUUAGACUUCGGAAUUCAAGAAUUCAAAAUAAUUACAGGAGAUUUAGGGUUACUUGUAAAGUAGAAGAUGGUGGUAAACAAAGUAAUGGUGAAGAACCUCCCGAGUCUUUAUUUAUGAAGGAACUAAGACGAAGAGGGAUGACCCCCACUUCUUUGCUUGAGGAAAAGAAUAAAGAUGCUGUGAGAGAGGAGAUAAAGUUUAGGGAGGAAGAUGGGGGGUGGGGUUACUCAAGAAGAAAUGGCAUCACAACAGGUGCAGAGACAAACCUGACUGGUCAAAGGGAAAAGUCCAUGGCGCUUAAUAGUGAAGGUCUUGAGGGUUUGAUCCCACGUGGAAAACUUCUUCUUACCUUAGGAGGAACAUUUUUCCUUGCGUUUUGGCCAUUGAUUCUUGUAACUGUUGCACUUUUCCUUGUGCUGUAUCUGUACUUUGGAGCAGAAUUUGUUCACGAUGGACGUGAUAAUCCAGUAUCUCCGUCCCCAUAUGUUGAUCCUUAUGAAUUACUUGAAGAAGAGAGGAUGUAUAAGACUGCUCCCCCUCUUAAUUGAAGGACUACGAGCUUCGUGUAUAGCAGCAUUUCCACUUCAUCAAAAUUGGGUUUCUAUUAAUCUCCCAUACAUGUCAAUCACCUUAUCUUAUAACUGAAACGUGUAAAAGCAUUACUCUCUCGUGUCAGACUUGAUAUAAAAUGUUACUUCUGGCAA